AUGGGUAGUACGUCUCCAACCCCCUCGACCCCCUAUGAGAGGGAUAUAGGUGAUGUUAGUCAUCAUGGAUAUCAAUUAAUGGAUGAUAUUGAUAUUGAGGAGUUACUAUUACUACAAGAUGUUGUUGAUGAUCCAGUAUGUGUUAGGAGAAAGGAUAAGGUAUCCUGCAACCAUGAGUUUAAUAUCGAGUUUAUCAAUGAACCUGUACUCUUUGAGGAAUACCCAUUACCAAUAUUGUACAUCAUGUAG